CGUUAUCGUGUUGUCUCACGCACGCGCGCACCACCGCAUCACACACGCACCUCUGCGCGCUGAUAGCGGCGGACGCUGUUUGCACGCGACCGACAAUAAUUAUUAUUGUUUAUAAAAUACAUAUACAUUAUCGCGCUCGUCGUGUGUACCUUGUGUGUCGGCGGUAUAUUCCGAUAUUGCACCGCUGCGUCGUCGUCGUCGUCGUCGUCGUUUCGUCUGCGGACGAGAUAGUGCGGUGUCGUCACAAAUCGCGUGCCGUCCGCGUUUCGAUAUCGUUUGUUGAUAUUGAAAUUUCGCGUACCGUUUACGAAUCGAUCGAUCGGGGCCGCCGCCGCCGCCACCGGAAUUGAUGCUGUUCGUCGUCAUCCCAGUACGAUUGUCGCGUCCCCUCCGCCGUCCUCUGUAAAAGUUUUGGCAUGAAGACAUGGUGACGUAGUUGGUCGUUUGUGUAUUAUACAAUCCUGAAAAAUGCUCGUCUCAAAUCUCAUUCACCGCGUUUGGACGAUAUGGGCCACUGUUAUUGCAGUGUGCACCUGUGUUCCAGUACCAUGUCCUCAAGAUACGUGCAUUUUGCCUAAUAGUAAGGAAAAUCAUUGUAGAGAUUUAGAUGUAUACAUUAAGUGUAUGAAAUCAUUAUCAAAAAAAUGCCGUGGCGACAUUGGAUAUCAUUCAGCUGUUACAGUAUCAAACUCAGAGUUCAAAAAAUCAUGCACUAGUCAUGACGAUUUUUCCAGAAAUGAUAGUGAACAUUCCCAAAUAGCUCAAUCAACUCACAAUGGACCUUCUUGUCCAGUACUAUUUGAUGAUAAAAAAGAACACCGUUUUUGUGGCUUAUUUGGCGAUCCUCACUUGAGGACAUUCGAUGGAAGGUAUCAAACUUGUCGAAUUCAUGGAGCUUGGCAAGUGAUUGAGAAUCCAUUUUUUGGAAUCAUGGUAACCAAUGAUGCUGUUGUAAAUAGCACAACAGCCACAGCUCCAACUAAGUUGACAGUUAUAUUAAAAUCACAUAAACCUGAGUGUACACUACAAAAAUUGUAUGAAGCACAAGGAGAUAAUCAGUUAUUGAGUGUAUUUGAAGAUGGCACUACUUCAUCUGGACCAGCUUCAUCGCCAACUGUUUCUCUUUCAUGGCGUUCCAAUGAUCCCAACAGUGAGACAGUAAUCAUAAGAUUAUCGUAUAUUUCUACAAUUAUAACUGUGACCCGUGUUGGCAAAUAUUUAUCCAUUUCUGCUAAAUUGCCAGACCAAUUAACACAAUUAUUUAAUCAAGAUAAGAAUGUAUUAUGUUCUACUGGUUGUCCUCUUUCUGAACAAAUAGAUAUUAAACAAGUAACAAUAAGUGAAUUAGAUAGCGCGUUGACUUCAUGUCAUAACAGUGUUGGACCCACUGGUCAUAAACUAACUGAUCAGUAUUUAGAUUGGUGUGUGUUUGAUAUGAUGACCUCUCACGAUGAACAGUUCAUCAAUGCUUCACAUGCAGCAUAUUCUGAUGUACUAUUUUUUGAACCACGUUCAUUGUUUAAUAGGACGGUUAGUGUAUUUGAGUUUAACCCCAAUUCAACAGCUGGGGCCAAUUAUAUACAUAGAUUAAACUUAUUUAUUCUCAUUAUUAUUGCAUUGUACAACUUUCUUUGAGUGUUCCUAGUAUUGUAGUUUAAGAAAAUACUGUACCAUAAUUUACUGUCUCUACCUUACACACGUCCAACAUCAUAAAACUAAGUUUUUCAUUUUAUUUUUAUUUAAGUCAUAAGUUAUUAAAAUUAUUUAUAUAUUUAUUUUAUUUUUUU